AGCUAGGGCAGCAGUCUGGUAGAGAGCUGGUGGGGGCCGGAGAGAGAGAGAGAUAGAGAGCGGAGAAGGACGCAGUGUGGGCGGGUUAAGAAACGUCGAGAGGGAGGGGACGCCAGCGUAAUAUUCCCACCGUUUUUUCUCCUCCGUACAGAGCCGAAAAAACAAGGGCAUCCAUCGGUCUCUUGAAUCUUCCUCACAUCUCAUCACUUGGCUGAUACACACACACACACACACACACACACCUUGUCAUCCCUCAGAAGUGUCUCCGUGUGUCCUCUCUUCCUUCUCUACCUGGAGGUUUGUUUGCAGCCUGCGGGGGAUUGCCGCGCAGAGCCGAGCGGCAGGGGCGUGAGAGGCGUGAGAGGCGGAUGCUGCGAGGAGCGUAGAGGCUGGGUACCAACCAGGAGCAUCAGCGCACUAACCAACGAUGGACAGAAUGAAUUUUCUCUCCUUCUUCCUCCUUUGCUUGACUUCGGUUGCCAGUGGCAACAAAGCCAAUAAGCACAAGCCAUGGAUCGAGACAGAGUACCAGGGGAUUGUCAUGGAGAACGACAACACUGUGCUGCUCAAUCCCCCUCUCUUUGCCCUGGACAAAGAUGCUCCACUACACUACGCCGGUGAAAUCUGUGGUUUCCGGGUUCAUAAUGGCCCCUCUGGUUCCGGUUCAGUCCAGUUUGAGGCUGUCGUUCUGGACCGUUCCACUGGUGAAGGUCUGGUUCGGUCCAAGGAGCCCCUGGACUGUGAGAGCCAGCGUGAACACAGCUUCACCAUCCAGGCCUACGACUGCGGAGAGGGACCUGAUGGAGUCAACAGCAAGAAAUCCCACAAGGCCACCGUACAUGUUCGUGUAAACGACGUCAAUGAGUUCUCCCCUGUGUUCGUCGAGCGUCGCUAUGAGGCUUCAGUCCCAGAAGGGCGUCUGUUUGACCGAAUCGUGCGUGUGGAGGCUCUGGAUGCCGACUGCUCCCCGCAGUACAGCCAGAUUUGCUUCUAUGACAUCAUCACUCCCAAUGUGCCCUUCGCUAUUGACAACGAUGGCAACAUUAAGAACACAGAGCCGUUGGACUCGAAGCGUCAGCGCGUUCACACCUUCUGGGUGACCGCCUUCGACUGUGGGAAGAACCGUGCUCAGGCUGAUGCCCAGGUUGUCGUCACGGUCAAGCCGUCCUGCAAACCGGGCUGGAUCGGAUGGACUAAGCGUGUGGAGUACACACCUGGGUCAGGUAGCAUCCCCCUGUUCCCCAGCCUGCAUCUGGAGACCUGCGAAGAGACUGUGUGGAACAUCCAGGCCACUGUCGAGCUCCAGACUGGCCACAUCGGGAAGGGCUGUGACAGAGACAGCUACUCUGACAGAUCCGUGCGACGACUGUGUGGUGCUGUCAGGGGUGAAGUAGACCUCCUCCCACCUCCAUCUCCUGCUGCCAACUGGACCUCAGCACUGCCCACCCUCCCCUCGUCUGAUUCAUCUCUGGUCUUCUCCUUCAACGGGUCCAACCACGUCGCCGUGGUGCCGGAUUCGGUCGUCACGGCUUUAUCGGGCGACCACUUCACCCUCCAGCUGUGGAUGCGAAGGGGUGGCGCCAACAUUCAGCCUACGACCACUCAGACCAGAGGAAGUCGCAAGGAGGAGGAGACUAUCGUGUGCAGCACCGUCAGGAACGAUGACUCCUUCUCCCACUACUCCCUCUCCGUCCACGGCUGCCGCCUCUCUCUCUUCUACUGGCCCGACGUCUCAGCCGCACGGCCCGUCAAGUUCUUGUGGAAACUGGAGCAGGUGUGUGACAGUGAGUGGCAUCAUCUUUCACUCAGCGUCCAGUUCCCAUCAGUGACCCUGUAUGUCGAUGGUGUGACCUUUGACCCCGCCCUGAUCCAUGACAAUGGAGCCAUCCCCAACCCUGCCCCCCGCCAGAGGAUGUUCAUCGGCGCCUGCUGGGAGCCUGAAGAGAAGCAGAAGGAGAUACUGAACAACACCAUCCCAGAGGGUAAAGACUCAGUGAAGUAUGUGGGUGGUUAUCAUGGCCUGUUGUCGGGGGUGACGGUGCGUCCCGGCAGCGUGGAGCCUCACAGUGUGGUGGAGUGUCUUUACGCCUGCAGGGAGGGUCUGGACUUCGGAGACCUGGAGACUCUGGGGUCUGGCAUGAAGGUUCAUGUGAACCCCAGCCAGUCAGUGUUAGUGCUGGAGGGAGACGACAUUGAGAGCUUUAACCGUGCAGUGCAGCAGGUCACCUACAGAAACUCUCUACGCUUCGCCACCCCCGGAGUCCGACCGCUCAAACUAACCACCUCGCUCAGAUGUUUUAACGAGGAGAGCUGCCUGUCCCUCAAGCAGCUGGAAGGAUACCUGGUUGUUCUCCAGCCUGAUGCCCCUCAGAUCUCUCUGUCUGGGGUCGGCCCUCAUCUGGCUCGUCCUGCUCCUGAGUUUGAAGGCCCCCGUGGUGUUCCCCUUUUCCCUGAGCUCCGGAUUGUCUGUUCCUUGUCUCAUGCUGUCAACACAGCUGCACAGGGGAUGGAGGGUGGAGCGCUGAUGUCCGACGCCGUAGCUCACACAUUGGACGGCUGUGAGGUCCAACCGCUGGGGGAGGAGCUAAACCCAGAGAGGGAGGAGCUUCUGGUAGACAUGGAUGUUGUGCGAGAGAGAGGACUGGAAAUCAUCAAUACUACUGCUUAUAUUGCCAUCACAGGUGCCGAAUCCAUCUCUGUGUACGAGGACGUCCUUCGCUCAGUCCGCUACCGACUUGCCAAAGGCUCAGCCCGCUUUGAGAGGCGGUUCCGCCUGUCAUGCUCUGAGAUGAAUGGCAGAUACACCAGUAAUGAGUUGACUCUGGAGGUGAACUUCCUCCACUCUCUGGACAGUCUGUACCACCCGUCCCACCUGCUGGCCUCCCAGCAGCAGUUCCUCCAUCCAUCCCAUCACGCUGGAGAGCUGAGUGGACACACUCUGCCCAAUCCACACCGCAACUCAGUGGUGCCAGGAGCAGCCACCGUCAUCAUAAUGGUGUGUGUGGGCUUCCUGGUUGUCAUGGUAAUCCUUGGUGUGUUCCGAAUUCGCUCCAUCCAUCGCCGUGGUGAAGGUGCCAGGGGCGGGGCUAAGGAGGGUAGCAGCCAAUGGGACGACUCUGCCCUCACCAUCAUCGUCAACCCAAUGGAGUCCUAUGAGUCUCGUAUGGGCAUCUCCGCUGACACGGAGGGGGAGGGGGAGGAGGAUGAAGAGGUAGCGGAGUCACCUGAUGAUGCCAGCGACGACCAGCGAAUCAUCAUCAAGAAGGAGGGGAGGGACGGCAACGCCCGUCGCUACUGAGCCACAUGUGUCUCUGCACCAGUUCUCAUGGAAACCACAAACCGGAUCACCAGUCACACACUUCAACACUUUUAAUAUCAACGACUGCUGACACCACUAGUAUAAGGAAUGUAUGCUUACAAACACUACACGCACAACACAGUCACUGUAAUACUCUUGACACUCAGCGCCAUAUGUGACCUAUAGCCAAACAACGGGCUGUUGUUCUCCACCUAAAUGUUCUAUGGCACAAUGUAUACAGUUAAUGUAAUUUAACCGCCUGAGCAAAUCCCACCAAAAUUGUAUGUGGCGCACCAGUUCUAAAUCACAAGAUGAUAAUGUGUCUGUAUAGUGUAAUACUGGUUUGAAUGAGACUGCUUUUGUUUUGUUUUGUUUUUGAAAAGAUUGUAUUCUAUCUUUUGUUAUUGAAAUCUUUACACAAUGAAAACUGGAACAAUCCGCAACAUGCAGGCCUUGAAUAGAUCUGUAGGCAAAGACACAAAGCCUCGAUCCCAACAUCGUCUCUGCAUUCUCUUAUUAGACUGACUUGAGAAGUCUGUGCACAAGCUCUUUUCUCCCUCUUUGCAUCCUCUCUUCCACACAUCCUUCGACCACCGUUAACCACAGAGUGAAGACAGUGAGGUCAGACAUUACAGCCAAUUUAUUUAUAAAAACUACUAUGCUUGCAGCUUUUCUUUUUUUUUUGUGUGACAGCAGUGCUUCAGCUCCUGACUAUAUUUUACUUGGGGCUGAUGGACUAUCAACCAUACACCUCAUCUUUUACACAAGUCGGUACUACUUAAAUGCUCCAAAGAUACAGAGUAAAAGCCUCAAGGCUGCUAACUCUGUGGUUUGUGGUUCAAAUCGGAGUCUUUGCAAAGUCCCAGCUUGUGCCAGUAAGUGACAAAACAUCAAAACAUCUACAAUAAACCUGACCUCUGACCUCCCCCUCACAGUGACCACUGGAAUGUCUCUCAAUGACUGCACACCGCUCUUACAAUAACUGCAAGACGUCACAUGCAAACACACACACAGAAACACACACGUACACUUCAUAAUGCUACCCCUGCUGUUUCCAGAAUGUCAGCUCAGCUUGGGCAGUUUUGAUUGUAUUGAUUGUAAUGAAUUUUCUGUACAUACAAUGAUGAAUAUUAUGAUAUUAUUGUUAUUACUAUUAUUAUUGCAACCACUCUUUUUUUCUGCACACUUUGAGAGGGAGCAGAUUAUCAUUUCCUUUUUCUCCCCAUUUGAGUAAUCACCUUCCCAGCAUCAGAAAACAGUAUAAUAAUAAUAAUAAUAAUAGUAGUGAUAAGGAUGAUAAUUCCUGGCUUGAUGAGUGUCUCUUAAUUUGUGUGUAAUAUUGUUGUAAUUUAAGAACUUGUCAAUAUCUGAAUCACUGAAAAUGGAGGGCACAUUGUUGUGAUACGUAGAUACGUCUCACUCAUUUUAUCUUUCACACUUCCAGGUAAUUCUUUCACAUUUCAAUACUAUAUUUUUCUUAUAUUUCUUCACUCCAUCUGAUAUCUUUGGUUCGAUGAAUGUACAACUGUGUGCUUCUCCUCACCUCCUCCCUCCCUUCCCCUCGGCCUUUUCCCUUCACCUCUCCCUCUGUGUCUUCUUGCUGUCUGUCUGUGUAGCCUAUCAAUGUGCAGUGCUAAACCUGUCAGUAAAUAAAGCCUGUCGUUUUAUGAGUGUGAUGUUAAGAAGGAAUAAACAUUGCAUUGAUUAAUAACUUAUAUUAUUACUAUGUUACUAUUGGAACAUUACCUGUAAUUAUUGAUACAAUGAUGACAUGGAUUAUGCUGACUAAUUGUUAUUGAGAACUGUCAGAAAACAUUACAAAAUUCAUAAUAAAAACACUAUAUGACGU